UACAAACCACGAAUUUGAAAAAUUUAAGUUAAACUUUUCAAGAUGCUCAAACCGUGAUGGAGCUCCUUUAAAGCAAGUUGAUUACAUGUAGGUAACACCUAUCUUGGUCGUAGAGGGGUUUUUUUCUUUGAAACACAUUGGCAACUUACUAUAAAUGGACUGAGCCGGUAAUCUGAUGUUCAAAAAGAAAGGAAAAAUCCUUCUGGGACAAGGUUACCCGGCUAUACAAUUCCGCAGAGGACUAAAUGUGUCUUGCGUUCAGAGGAACACUUUUGGGUAACAUGCGCGUGUGUAGCGAUUCUUCGACUUUGCAAAAUUAAAUAGCUUAGACGUUUUAGCUGUUACGUCUUCUUGACUUUAAAAUAGACAACUACUAAUGAGGUAUAUUGGAAAAGAGCACGAAAGAGUAGCAUAAAAAAUGAUGUAAAUAUUACACUUGGAAUUGUAACUUUAUACACACCACUUCAAUAAGAAAUACGUUUAUAAAAUAAUGGCUGAUAACACAGACGUCCAUUAAAUGGCGAGCUGUUUCGCAAAGGCUCUGUAUACAACAUGGAGUUGCCUUAAUUUUAUAAAAGGAACAGAUAAAUAUUGCUCACUGUCGGUUUACGCAGCUUGAGGCAAACACUUCGCUUAAGCUUUCUCUCAUGUUUGCGUUUGGCUGUAAUGAUUUAAAACACCUGUUUCGUACAAAUUUUGGGCUAUGUAUUAAUCUUUUUGUUCAGGCCAUGCUGUUGCUAUUUAAUGUGCUAGAGCUUGCUAGUUAGGUAGUAAAAGGAACUCGUUUUACUGUGCAAACGUACCCAUAGUUCAGAAUAGUUGAAAAAAAAAAAAACCGUGGAUGUUAUUCCGAAAUGUAAAUUGCAUGUUGAAAAUUCUCUGGAUGGACUUGCGACACAUAUGCCAAAAAGGAUGCCGAAAGUAAUUAACGUGAAGCGGAAGAGGUAUAAUGGAAAAUUCAACCUAUUACGUCAGUCAUUAAUUCCCCUUUUCGAUUUUCCUCGGUCUGGCUAUCCUAGUGUAUUUUCGGUUUGUUUUCACCUCUGCUGUUUCUUGAAGGCUGCAAGAAAAUUUCAAAGUAGUAACACAUAGAACACCUUACCUGUUUCCAGCCCCCAUUUUUUUAGAGCACAAAUAACGUCGGAGACGAGUGUAAGUAAUGUCAAUGCCGUUUGCAACUGCAGCCUCAAAACAAUUGACAAUCUGAAAAAGGUCCCACGAGGCUAAAGAACGCGAGAGUCUGGGUACCACAUGCUAAAUUGAAGGGGUCGGUGUGGGCCGCGCGCGUUGCAUGCUGUUUAUUAAUUCAAUAGCAAACAAGCUUCAAAUACAUUGAAAUACAUUCAUGUAGGUGUUCCUCACCAACAUCCCUUGGUAAACUCCUCAGUGAACAUCUGCCUUAUUGCUGCAGAGGAAGGUACUCUUUUUAAUUCGCUGGAUCCUGCCCGAUUUUGCGUUUGCAGGGAGAACGUGAGAGUGAGGUUGGUGAGUGAGAUUUGAGAUCGUCUUAUUUUGUGAGAAAGCAUGACCCAUCCUCGAUACAUUUACGAAAUGUUAUUUCAUGAUACACCUGCUACAGAGCAAUUACGACUUCUCGCAGCCGUAUGGUAAACGUUUGCGAUUCGGACCUGCUAAAGGUGUUUCAACUAUGCGGCUUAUCGAUUUUCUCAAUAUUGUGAACUUAAAUGUUGCGGUUAAGUCAGUAAUUUUCAUAAAUUGAUUACUUUAAAUUUUCAUGAACCAUUGACUAUGCUUUUAUUCUGAUGCAACGUUAUUUUGUCUAUUUUAAGAUACCUCGCGAUUCACGUUCAUAUACCGUUUAAAUCUUUAAUUACAUAUUGUUUAUUGGCGGUGAAAUUCGAUUCAGUUCUAUAUUUGAGAAUUUUGUGGAUAAGAAACGUUUUAGAGCUCUGACUUAGCGUACUGAACACAGCAAUUUAGAUUCCACUAUGCAGAUUUGGAAUAUUCAAUGUUCCCGCUGCAGUAAGCCAAGGCAAUAUUUUGUCUAAACAUUCAGUUUUCCCCUGAUGGAAAAAAAAGCCGAAACCGUUGAAAAUAAGCUAUUAGCGUAGCCCGAAUAGAAAUCUAAGUGUUCUGAAAUGGGAAUAUCUCCAAACAAAAAUUCACGUACGUACGUUAUUCCAGGUGAAAUUAUUUUUAUGCCAGAUCGGGUCCCCGUGAGCGAAUGUGCCCUAAUAUCGAACUAAUGGAUAUUGAAAACUGGCUUAAAAGCUUAAAGCAAUAUUGAUUACUGGUUUCAAAUCAUUCAGCUGUAAUGGAUUUUGUUCUAAAUACGGAUUUUUAAUGAAUGCUUGUCAACAGCAAGAUGAAUCUAUCCGAAAAUAGCGCCGCUAGGAAAAAGGAAGUUGCAUUGAAAAAGAAAAAAAAUAAAGGAUUUCAACACAAAUAAAAUAGUUGCUUCUACAGAGGUUAUGCCGUAAAUAACCCGCCCAGAUGCUCAGUUUAUUUUUGUUGCCAUAAAUCGCUAUAAAUCGACACUGAGUGGAAACUGUAUGAAACAGCGAACAGCUUAAAAUUUCCGAAACAUCUUAUGGGUUCUGUGCAUUCAUGUAAAAAAAGUAAGAAAAGAGAAACUUUUCUUUGAUAAAAGACAAUGCGUUUAUAUCAGCCUUUCGAAAGUAAAUCCACUACAGCUGUAAUGAAUUUAAGAGUCUAUUUGGAAUAUUCGCCCUAUCUGUUCAAGUGGUUCUUUUCUCGGGAUAAAAUUCGAAACGCUUCUUCUGAAACUUACUCAAGUGGUCUUCUUAUAGCUUUGUAGCUUUUUUUUCUGGAAUUGUUAUAGGCCCUUUUAUCUAAAUUUCACUCGCAAGCUUUUCAUUUCUUUGUUUACUUAGUACAGCUGAAGUUUCAUUAUAUGAAUGUCGUGAUUUCUGGCCACACGUUUUUCGUCUAGUUUUGAGAAUAUCAAAGAUGCAGAUCGAGAGGAUCUGUAAAGGCCAUCACAAUUUAUUUUUACGACACCUUAUUUUUCUUUUUUUAAUCCUUUUUUGAACAAAAAAAAGCACAAAAAGAAACCUUGUAUUGUAAUUGAAGAGGAUUAUGCGUGUAGUCACAGACAUGAAUACCCUCUCGAGGUGAAUUGCUAACGUUUGACAAAUGUUUACAAAAGCAGAAAAUAGUUCGGAAGAUUUUAAUAACAUUUGUAGAACUCGCAUGUCAAAUUGUCAUGGCAAGUUCUAUAGAAACAUUCAUUGCAAGGAAACUCGUUCUUACAACAAUUAUUUAGUGAAGAAAAAAUGACAGUCUGUUAGAUUAGUACUUUCUACAAUGCACUUUUUGUCGAGACUUACAAUAAUGAAAAACUGUCGUUGGACUUUUUUGAGCCGUACACUUAAGGCUUUUAUAGAGCUUUAUGUACUUAGAAAAAUCCUUGUUCAAAUAAGCUCGGUUUUACGCCCUUUAAUUUUGAUUCUGGUCAAUAGAAGACUUUCGAAACGUGAAUAUUUUUUAAAAAAUCGGGACGUAUAAUCACACGAAAGGAAUUACCAACCUUCCUGGUGCAACUUCCGUUUUCGAGUUUAAAAUUAAUUAGGAAAUGUUUAAGAUUGAUUAAACUGCUUUGAUUUAUUACUCACUGUCGGUAGAUCAAAUUUAAGAGCAAUAAAAACAAAUGAAAGCCUUUAAUUGAAAUAACGCCUUACUGACCACCUCCCCCUUAAAAUUAAUUUAUCAAUGCAUAAUUCUUUUUAAAUACUUAACUUAAGUGAUUUCUGUGAGAGCAAUUCAAUUUUGAGAACUUCGUAGAACGAACGGUUAGAAUGCGAAGCUAUUUAAACUCUUAACCCUCUCUGAUUAGUCUCCGCGACUUUCGCUCAAUUUUUGGUUUCACGUUGAAUUCAUUUAUCUAAUCUGAAAAGAUAACUCUCCUGUUUUGAGUUGUCAUUAUAGUGACCUGAACUUGCCGGAAGAAAAACCUUAUCUGUCACCGAGGGGACCUGUCAAUUUAUGAUAUCUCUGAAAAAGACAAUUCUGUAGUUUCAGAGCAGCCGUCUGAUACUGCAGAACCUCGAGGUCAUAAAACAACGAGCGGCGAUUCGAAAAUCAAAAACUGUAUAUCAUAACAAAAAGUGUACUGAAGUGAGAAGAUUGAUAGAGAUAACCAUUGCACGAGGACUGAGAAUCUCGUUUAUCACGAGACCAUAAAAAACAUCACCAACAUACAACAAAACGACGGCCCGACGUACAAAAGGUAACUUGCUUUCUUUUACAUAUGAUACAUGUUGCUUCAACAGUGAGGGGCUCAUCCGGCCGGCUCCGAGUCAAUUCUGAUCGAGGUAGCUAUGCAGAAUACUUGGUUUUGAGAAACUGUGAAGGUAAGGGGGAUGUGCAGAGAAACUGCUAUCAGAGCGAUUCCCCGAAGUCCGAACGAGCGAAAUUAGAAAAAGAAAAAAAACAAGUCAGACAAAUAGGUAGAUGCUACUGUUGUUGCCCCACAAUCAUUGACAUGUUUACCGUUUUGGAUAUCCGGGAUAAGAGAAAGGAGUACAGAUGAUAAUAUCAUAUCACAAUUCCCCUUUAACACAAGUAGAUAAGAAAAAGCACGAAAUCGAUCGAUAUCUGGAUUUAAAUUAAGCUUGCGGUGGUGGGAGCGGACUACUCUACAUGUACAAAUCUGUACAGCUCCGACGUUUACGGCAAUGCUUCAGACGAGCACACGUACACGGGCACUCUUGCCUGGGAAACAAAAACAGGAGAGAUCUGUACAAAGACAUGUUCUUUAGCUUGCCCUAAGCUAAUUUAGAAAGGUGUUGUUGAUAGCCAGGCCGUGCUAGUCGGAGGGGAUUGUUGGUCCGAGAAAACUUAGAAACAGAUUUAUAGUAUGACUCAGCUAAAAAUUACAUGUAAAGCUUUCGACAGUGUUAAUGGAUGGCUAGAGAUUGAUCAGCCUAUAACCAUGCUGACAUCCACGAUGUUUGUUUCAUAACAUAUAAUCCGUAAAUUUACGUUCGUGGAAUUAAACUCUUUCGCUAAAUAGAACUUCCUCAUCUAAAUGUAGCUCCUUGCACGUACGUUCUAUGUUCGUUCUUUCAAGUAAUCUAAUCCAAAGCAGAUAAAACCGAACGUUUUAGUUGUUUUUAAGUCUGUGACUGAUAACUGCCAUCCAAUUUUAAUCAGGCAGCGAUUUUAUCAUUUCGAACCCGAGUUCGCUGACAUGCAAAUAUAUUACUGGCGUCAAGUUCGGUUUAAAGCACAAACGAAAUCUCGGAUGCAAGCUGCAAUGGUGAGAACAUGCGACUUCUCUCAGCUCAAGCGACUAGCCCUUGACAGGUUGUUUUACAAACUUUCUGUUUGCGCCGGUAAAUAUAGCCUGUGUUUAGUUGAAAUUCGGGUCCUCAAUGAAGACUCAUUUCCCACGAUUUUACAAUCAUGUUUUUGAAACUUUUACAUUAGCGCAAAUGCACACGCCUAAGAAAGCAGCUGGGCGGUUUUCGUGUUUUGCCCACUUAGUUAGGUUUAGCGGAUAUACCCCAGAACUAUUUUUUUCUGUAAAAAUGCUAUAUUCUGCAGCAUUUCCCAGUUUUAGGCCGGAAUCAAAUAUUGAACUAGACCGCAGGGAUAUUUCCUUCUUUGCGUUGGUCUCAUAUCAUUUUUGUUUUUUCGUUUUUUUUGCAAAUUAAUUAAAUUUCCGGAAGUAUAAUAGGUAUUACAUCCUUGGUCAUGUUGAUUCCUCCUUUUGAUUGCGCGCAAAUUGAGGGUGCGAUUAGGUGCAACACGCUUGAAGCGUAGCCUGUGGAAACGAACGGUACUUAAUAUUAAUCAACUGUUAUUUUAAAUUUUCCAGAUUGUUGUUUAUUGUCAGAUGUUUCUAGUUUGCGAUGACGAUGCACACGUCAGCCUCGGAGCGUGUAACUUGGUCAGUUCUGUACAGUAGCCUAGCUGUGUUCACCAUCGUUGGGAACUCACUCUCCAUAGCAGUGUUCCUCAACAAUUCAAGACUUCGCCGCAUGCGCACAAGCCUUCUACUGAUUAACUUAGCAGUCGCUGACCUGCUCGUGGGUGCUGUUGCCGUUCCCAUGUACAUGGUGUUCCAGUGGCCACAAAGCAUCAUAGCGCAGAAUAGCACUUUCGUCAUCUCAUACGAAGCUGUUGAUCUGUUAACUGGCUUUGCGUCACUGUUCAGCUUGUCUGUAAUCGGCCUGGAGCGAGCGUUUUCUGUGUUCUGGCCACACAGGCAUCGAGCGAUGGGAAAAUAUCCUUACUUUGCGGCUGUUCUAGUUUGUUGGUUCCUAUCCUCGCUACAAGUGCUGCUUCAUGUUUUAACCGAGCACAAAAUCGUCGAUUUUACGGUCUUUUUCUACAGCAUGAUGUUUGCGCUCUCAUUUGUCCUGGUUGUGAUGCUUGCUACGUACACCGCAGUCUGGUACAAAGUGCGGGCUCGUCAGCUAGAGCUUAGCGACCGUCGAAGAAACAGUCGAGUGUCGAUGGAACGAGAGCAAAAACUCCUCUUAACACUAGCCAUUGUUACCGGUGUCUUCUUCAUUACUUGGCUGCCUUUUCAUUUACUGAACAUCACGCUGUUCUUUUGCAUUCCCUGCCAAAAGAAACCCGAAAGAAACGGUCCACCGAGAGUAACAGCCCACCCGAAAGUAGCGGCCCUUUGAAGAAGUCAAUAGAAAAGAAAAUCUGAUCUCAAGCGCAACACAGAUGGAUCAGCCUUACUGCAGGACUGAACUACUUAAAGAGUUAUUUAUUUCUGGGUUUAUAUCGAACUUAAGUGCAUGAAUCUAUCUUGAAACUAUAAUUCAUAAGGUGUACCUGUCUGGCAGCAGGGUCAAAUGAUACAGUACCAUUAGACACAUCAAGAUAUAAUGCAACCAUUAUACUUUCGCCUUGCAAUGCCAACAUUAAGGGACUUCUCGCUAUGCAGUCUGCUUUGUCUAUGUGGGUACAGUAAUUAGUAACAUACAUAAACGAAACUUUUAAUUUCAUGA